UCCAUCUCUAUAAAACUGGCAAGAUGUUUUCAGGUGGCAUUAUGAUUCAUGACUGCAGCUGUGGUUGUUUGACAGGUCAUUUCAUUGGGACAGUAAAUAGUAACAAUAAUAAGAAUGACUUUGGGAGAGAGCGCUGACAUGGUUGCUAUGACGAUAAUGGUAGCGACUGGUAUUGCGUUGAACGUCUUCAACCUCAUUUUCACUGUCCAGCAGCUGUGGAAGGCUAAGAGUGUACAGACGGUGAACCUGAUCAUCUCCUCGAUUUCUCUGAAUAACAUCAUCCUCGUGCUUUCCUGCUUCUACAUGGUGCUGGAUACCUUUAUGGAGUGGGAUCUGUUCUGUGAAAGUUCCACCCAUCCGUUCAUCCUCACCUUGUUGUACCUGUGGCUGAGCAGCAGUUCUAUCAGUGUCUGGUCUAUCGCCCAUUUGAGUGUAUUCUAUUGCAUUAAGGUUGUGACCUUCUCCAGGCAAUGUCUCAAAGCUUUGAAGACCAACAUCUCCUCUAUCAUCAAUGCGGCCGUCCUGGUUACUUACCCACUGGCUCUCUGUAUGUUCUCGCCUAUGUUAACACUCAGUGCCGCCGAAAGUGAUUCAGGCUACAGCACCAUCAACAGCACGUGGAAUGCUACUUCGAACGUCACCAAAUGCCCCAGCCUCGUUUUCAUGGCAGGUAUCGACCCUAGUCUCUUCACUCUGAUUUUUGUAUGUUUCCUCUGCCUUUUUCCUCUAAUGACUAUGCUUCCCACCUCUCUGCGGUUAGUGGUACAUCUUUGCGGUCACACGCUGUCACUGCGUAAGAACCAGACCCAGGUUCAGAGUGCUGACUCCUACCUGCUGGUGUGCAAGCUAACUAUUUCCUUGGUGGGUGUUUACCUGACUACCCUGGCCUUUGUCUCCAUCUUCUUCCUUUCUGCGCUUCAAAGCAACAGAAUCAGUUAUACUGUGAUUGUAUUCAGCUUCUCCUUUUACGUGAUCAUGACUGCUGGACUCCUGACUGCUUCCAAUAAGUUUCUGAAGGACAAGCUCUGGGGGCUUAGCUGUUGCAAGAAACCCCAAGAAGCAUCCAGCAAGAGUCAGACCGAAACAGAAAAAGGGUCAGUUUGA